CGGCUCUGCUCCUCCGCAGGGGACUGAAAAUGGUGAGGGAAGAUGAUAAGGUGAUCCCGGUACGGGUGGCGUUGCGCUGCCGGCCCUUGGUGCCGAAGGAGACCAGCGAAGGCUGCCAGAUGUGCCUGUCCUUCGUCCCGGGGGAGCCGCAAGUGGUGGUAGGUAACGAUAAGUCGUUCACUUACGACUACGUGUUCGACCCUUCUGUUGAGCAAGAGGAAGUCUUCAACACAGCUGUCAGCCCUCUCAUACGAGGCAUCUUCAAAGGGUAUAAUGCUACUGUCUUGGCCUAUGGACAGACAGGAUCUGGAAAAACGUAUUCUAUGGGAGGUACCUACACUGCCAAUCAAGAGCAUGAGCCUAGCGUUGGAGUCAUCCCUCGGGUAAUCAAACUGCUAUUCAAGGAGAAGGAGCAAAGGCAGGAUUGGGAAUUCAUCCUCAAAGUUUCUUAUCUAGAGAUCUACAAUGAGGAUAUUCUCGACCUGCUGUGCCCGUCAAAAGAACGGUCUUCUCAAAUCAGUAUACGGGAGGAUCCAAAAGAAGGCAUAAAGAUUAUAGGGUUAACAGAAAGAAAUGUCACCUGUGCCCAAGAUACUGUCUCCUGCCUAGAGCAAGGGAACAACUCCAGAACAGUGGCCUCCACGGCAAUGAACUCCCAGUCCUCACGGUCCCAUGCCAUCUUCACCAUUUGCAUUGAUCAGAAAAAGAAAAAUGACAAGAACAGCAGUUAUCGCUCCAAGCUACACCUGGUUGAUCUUGCUGGCUCUGAGAGGCAAAAGAAGACCAAGGCUGAGGGAGACAGACUAAAAGAAGGCAUCAACAUCAACAGAGGUCUCCUCUGCCUGGGGAACGUAAUUAGUGCUCUUGGGGAUGAAAAUAAAAAGGGUGGCUUUGUCCCCUACAGAGACUCAAAGUUAACAAGGCUGCUGCAAGAUUCUCUGGGUGGUAACAGCCACACUCUCAUGAUUGCCUGUGUAAGCCCAGCGGAUUCCAAUCUAGAAGAAACUCUAAAUACUUUGCGUUAUGCUGACAGAGCAAGAAAAAUAAAAAAUAAACCAAUUGUCAACCUUGAUCCCCAGGCAGCUGAGUUGCAUCAUCUAAAGCAGCAGGUACAACAGCUACAGGUGUUACUGCUGCAGGCCCAUGGAGGGACCCUCCCAGUGACUAUCAACAUGGCACCUUCAGAGAAUCUUCAGUCCCUGAUGGAGAAGAACCAGUCACUAAUGGAGGAGAACCAAAAGCUCAGCCAAGGACUUAGUGAGGCUGCUGGUCAGACAGCACAGAUGUUGGAGAGGAUCAUUCUGACAGAACAAGAAAAUGAGAAGAUGAAUGCCAAACUAGAGCAACUUCAGCAGCAUGCUGUGUGCAAGCUUGAUCUGCAGAAGCUGGUAGAGACUGUGGAAGAUGAGGAACUAAAAGAGAACGUAGAGGUGAUUCGCGAUCUGCAGCAAGUGUUGGGUCAGUUGCAGGUAAGACUGAAUCCAGGGAGAGAAGAGUGUUUGUCAAGUGAGUUUACUAAUGAAACAGAGGGUUCCUCUUCCGAGUGGUGGACUCCACUCUGCAGAAACCUUGCUUAAGGAGCCCAGGAACUACAAGUAUUGAAUGACUCUUGUUAACUACAUGAGUCAGCAGAGAAGGUGGGGAAUGACCAUGCCCAGCUGACUUAUUACUCUUGUCCUUUCUAGACUAAUAUCAAAGAUCUGGAAUCGGAGGUCAGCAGUUUGCAAAAAGAAAAGGAGGAGUUGAUCCUUGCUCUGCACAUGGCAAAGAAGGAUGUCAACCAUGCCAAGCUGAGUGAACGGCGUCGGAAAAGACUUCAGGAGUUGGAGGGGCAAAUUAAUGAGCUGAAGAAAAAGCUGAAUGAGCAAUCGAAGCUCUUAAAGCUGAAGGAAUCUACAGAACGCACUGUUUCCAAACUGAACCAGGAGAUCAGGGAAAUGAAAAGCCAGAGGGUGCAGCUAAUGCGCCAAAUGAAAGAUGAUGCUGAGAAAUUCAGGCAGUGGAAACAACAGAAGGACAAGGAAGUGAUCCAGCUAAAAGAACGGGAUCGCAAGAGACAAUAUGAGCUACUGAAGCUAGAACGAGAUUUCCAGAAGCAGGCCAACGUACUUCGGCGCAAAACAGAAGAGGCAGCGGCCGCAAACAAGCGCCUAAAGGAUGCUCUGCAGAAACAACGGGAGGCUGCAGAUAAACGGAAGGAAACUCAGAAUCGGGGAAUGGAAGGAGUUGCUGCACGAGUAAAGAGCUGGCUUGCAAAUGAAGUAGAGGUUCUCGUUAGUACUGAAGAGGCUCGGCGGCACCUUGCAGACCUGCUGGAGGACAGAAAGAUCUUGGCACAGGAGCUCCUUCAGCUUAAAGAGAAGAAAGAGGCUGGGGAAAACCCACCUCUAAAGCUCCGGAGACGCACCUACGCCGUUGAAGACUGGCAGGCAUCAGAGAUGGACCUUUCCAUAUCAAAGCAGAUAGAAAGCCUGGAAACUGAGAUGGGGCUCAGGAGUGCCCAGAUAGCUGAUCUACAGCAGAAACUCUUAGACGCAGACAACGGAGAUCGUGCGAAGCAGCGCUGGGACACUAUUGCAACAAUUCUAGAGGCUAAAUGUGCCCUGAAGUAUCUCCUUGGAGAGCUGGUCUCCUCCAAAGUGCAGGAAAGCAAGUUGGAGAGCAGCCUUCAGCAGAGUAAAGCCAACUGUUCAGACAUACAAAAGAUGCUGAUUGAAGAGCGAAACCACAUGACAGAGAUGGAGGCCGAGUUCCAAAAUCAGCUUUUGGUGCAGGAACAACACCACCAGGAAAAGGUUCUGUACCUGCUUAGCCAAUUCCAGCAAAAAGAAGCAGCAGAGAAGAAACUGGAAGAUUCGCUAAGUGAGCAAGAGAAACAGCUGCAAGAGCGACUCAGGUUCCAGGAGGAAGAGCUGGAGAAAAUGAGGGAGAUCUGUGAGAAGAACCAAGAACUUCUCCAGGAAAAUGACACUCUUAAACAGAAACUGCUGCUCCUUCAAGUUGCCAGUGGACAGAAGCUCCGUCACAUUCAGAAAAUUCCAUCCGAGUCCCCAGAUUCUUCUUUUGAUUAUAUUCCACCCAAACCAAAGACUCGCCGGCAAACGUCAGCAAAACCUCGUGCACCGACCCCAGAAGUGGAUGUGGAAGAGCUGUUCUCUGACUCGGGGGAGUCCGGAGGGGAGAUGGAGGAUGCAGACUGGGUUCCGGUUAAAGCAGUCAGAGGAGCAAAGAAAAACAUGAUGGGGUGCUCGUGCAAGGGCCGGUGUGGAAACAGGCAGUGUGGCUGCAGGAAGCAGAAGGUGGGCUGCACUCAGCGCUGCAGCUGCGACUCGGCAAAGUGCAGAAAUAGAGACCCCGGCGUGCGGGAUGCUGUGCUGUGUGAGGACCAAACAAGGGACUCGGAAGGUUCCUUCAAACUGGAAGACCCCACUGAAGUGACAGCAGGAGAGACCUUCUUCCAGCCUGUGUGUGUCACACCCACAACAAAGGUCCUGAAAGACAUCACAGACCAAGACAUGUUAGUGAAGAAGCCCAGCGCUGCUGCUGCUGCUGCUGCUUCCCUGCCUGUGAGAGAUGAGGAGUCCCAAGAGAACCAGGUACUGCUUGUAAAGAAAAAGAAGAGAAUGCUGAGUAGCAAUGGCAGCUUCUUCUCGGGUUGCACCCCGAUCAAAGAGGAGCAUAACUGA